GUUUGAGCUGCAAGAGACCAAUAUAGAUAAAACAAGAAGAUACCUAAAGUAAUAAAGGUUUUCGUGUUUGUGGCUUUGCAAAAUUUAACAAAAUUUGAUUUCAAGACAAAGAACAGCACCGUUUUUGUUCUAACCAGAAUAUCCAAGAUUUGAAGAUUUCUGGUGUCGCCAAUUGAAGAAUUUUGAAAAAUUUUGAUUGGAGAUUAAAAAAUGGAAACUAUCAACGCAAGUGACAACAGCUCGGGUUCCCAAAGCUCAGUCGACCACUGCGAUUUUGUAGAAGAAUGUACCCAGAAGCUGGCAGUCUUACGAGAAGAGCUAAAAGCGCUGCAGGUCAAGCUGAAAAAGUUGGAGGAUGGAAUGAAGAAACUGCCUAAAUCAAAGUCAAUGGUUAACAAAAGUGUUAAUAGCGGUGGCAAAUGUAGCGGUGCCAUGAAAGAAGUUAAGAAACCGUAUCCAAAUAAAAAAGUUAGCUUUAAAUCUGAGGACGAGCUAAUAGCGGACAAGAAAGAGGAUAUUAAAUGCCAAAUACAAGAUGUCAUGGAGCAAUUAUCUGGCGUGAAAAUAGCUACAAAGAGUGAAGAUACAGCUACAGAAGAAAGUACGAGUAAAUCAAUGGAUUUACUAAUCUCUACUUUGGGCCAAAGGACAAGUGAUGAUUUAAUUCUUUAACAAAUAAUUUUGAUCUACAGAAUAGCGAAUUCCAUUUUUUUAUCUUUAUUUUCAUUUACUUUAAUUUAAUAUGAAGUAUCUCAAAUAUCAGGAAAAAAGAUGACAAUAAUGUUCUUUAACUCCAUCGGGCGAUAGAGUUGAGCUUUAUUGGCGUUAACGGAUUUUAAAACGAAUCUGUUAAGAAUGUGGUAAUUUACAAUUAGGAGGGGUUGCUCAGCUUUCAAUAUCGUAAACGGGGUAAAGCCGCUCAUGUAGGAUAAAGUUGCUCACCAAUAAAUUUGCAAAAAAUAAAUAACGAAAUAAAGUUUGACAUCUCUAAUGAUUAAAAAAAAUCAUUAAUCUUUUUUUUUCAUCCAAGGGAAUUUGAUAUUUAAUUUAAAAAUAUAAAUUUGUGGCUCAGAAACUUUACCCCCACACAAGCGACUAUACUUCGCUUUGCAGUACUGCAGACAAAUUUGGAAUAAAAUAUAUUUUAGAUGAAAUUAGUAACGCUGCUAAUAACUACGAAAUGGAGAAUUGGAAAAGGAGUUUCCAGAUAGAAUUGACUGCGGAUAAUGUAAUUGUAUUUAAUUAAAUAUACGUUAAGUUAGCCGAUUUAGCAAAAUAAGCGACUAGUUUAUACAAGAUUUGAUUAUCAUACAUUGUAAACAAACUUUAGCUUCGUUGUCAAAACGCAUGGUUUCAAUGAUUUCAUUGAAUCGAACUCUGAUUUUAUAAAGUAAUUUUAUGUGACGCAGGUAUGAUUUCUGUGUUUUAAUAUAGCUUAUUUUCAGUUGGGAUAGUUGCCGUUCAUACAGCAAGGGGAGGAAUAACGAAUGCGCAUGUGCGAAGUAUGAUUUUGAUCAUUAUUAUUACUCGUACAUGCGAUAUUAUAAACGCAGCGCCUGAUUUACAUAGGGGCACGGUGUGGCUAGUGCCCCAUGCCCCAGAAAAUUAAUAAAUAUUGCAGCAAAAUUGGGAUUUUUUCUGCCCUUAAGAGGGCCCCUUCGAGGUUUAGCCCCAGGCCCCGAACAAUGUUGAUCCGGCGCUGUAUAAACGCGUUUACCUAACGUCGAAUGUAUGGCACGAUAAACUUGUAAAUCAUACCUUUUGUAUCGUGUGCACCAAAGAGGCCAAUAUUAUACUAUUUUAACGAAAUAACGACAAGAUUUACUGUUAGUUAGUAACGGGCGCCUGAACCAGGACCGAACUGAAAAAUUUAAUUGCCUUUUACUCCAAAAACAAUAAAAUUACAUUUUUUUUUAGAAAAUUGGGGCUAAUUACUCUUGUAGAUCAAACCUGUCUUUGUAGUGAAAAAUUUGCUAACCUCAAUAGUUUUCGUAUAAAACAUUUUUUUGAUGCUGUGGCUAAUUAGAAUUUUAAAAAAAGCGUUUUAAAGCAACAGUAUUGAAAUUAAUCAAUUUUAACACUCCGAACAAUGAUUUGAUUCAAAACAGGAAUGUGCCCUGAUUAUCUAAAAAGAUGUCAUUCUAGUAUUGAUGAAGUAAAAUGUGGUCAUUCAAUUUUGAGGUUGGGUCCGGCUUCGAACGGCCUUGAGCGUCAGUAAAUAUAGUUAGGUUUAUUCUCAUUCAUUUUUAUACUUUUAUAUGCAGAUGUGA